AUGUCAGUUCAGACCAGCCAGAGCAAUCCAGUCAUUCUCAACCUGAGGGACUCCAAAACUAGGAAUUCACUUAAUGAAUCAUGCAGACCCAUGGCUCUGGCAUGAAAUCACUCAUUUGUUACAUUUUUCCAUGGACUGAAAAAGUUGGAUAGUUAACGCCAGCAGCUACUGCAAGAAUGGGGGAUUUUUCUACCUUGUAAUGCUUUCAGGAAACUACCCACUUCGCUGACAUUCUGUGAAUAGAGAGAAGAUUGGAAGCAGGAAGGAGAGGGAUUGGAGAAAUGUACAGCUUCGUCUGGCAGUGAUGCAUUCUUGUAUGUGAUCUCACUUCCAUGUAGGUGUCCAGCCCACAAACACAGGCUGCAGUCAUCAGGUGACUUUACUCCCUCUUAUCAGUGCUGUAAAUUUUACGACACUGAAGUCUUGGUGGUAUCGGGUCCACCACACCACACCACACCCUGCUGCUCCUGCAUGAUCCUCUUUGUUUAAGGGACACUUCAAGAGUCGCGAUUCAACAUGACACCUGACAUUUAGAGGUAACCAGGUUGUGGGUAUUUUCUGUGAAAGCUGCAUGUCCCAUCACACAGCCAUCAUGACUGAGCCAACAAAAGAUGAUAUUUAUGCAUACGCCCUAUCCAAGACCCUGACAAAGGUUUCAUCCCCUGCAACUGUAGGACUCUACUCCUCAUGUCAGAAUCGAAUAAGCAUGAUCCUCCAUCAAAUGAAAGUGUACAUGAACCAGGAGGCUUCAAGGAUUGAGAAGGAAUAUAAAGGAAGAUCCAGGCCUCGCUCAGUUCAGCCUUCAUUUACUGACUUUCUAGCACUCCUUGGUCGACUGCUCUUCUACAGGCCAAUUUGGACAAAGGAGAGCCACCAGCAACACAACGUCAGGUUCAUUUAUGUGCACUUUAGUGCUUGGCAUUUUGCAGGCAGUGACCUGCUCUGGGCCGGUAUAGCCAUACGGCUGUUUCAGGCCAUGCAAUUGAGCUUUGGGAAGUUACAAUUUGUACUCUAUCGUGUGGCUCAAUACGAUGAAGAGGAAGAAGUCCAGAAGCAGAUUGUGAAGGAUAGUCCGGACCAUUGGAGAUCCAAGAAGAUUUGCUGCUGCCCGCUGUGGUUGCUUGUCUUGUGCAUUCUUGUAAUACCAGCUAUCGUCCUGGUGUUCGCGUUGACGUUUGGUCUCCCCAAAGCCGAGGUGAAUACAAACGGGACGGUGAGUGAAACACAUGGGGUGGGUGUGCUGGAGGGGCUGAUCAUUGCCUCGUUAGGAGUCCCUGCAGCAAGCGCACUGAGGUUCACCUUCCAGAUGGCUAAGAACCUCAUUUAUAGCCAGGAGAUGAACAUUAAGGCUGGGAUGGACAAUGAACGGAUCAGCUCCAAAAUGGGCUUCAUGAAUGAGGUCCGAAAGGAAAUGUGGCUUUUGUCUCAAUUCAUACAGUUUAUGGAGGUGUUUGAGAGGAGAAGGAUUCGAGUGGUCCUGUAUAUCACCAGUCUGGACCGCUGCUCUCCCAAGAAAAUUGUUGCAGCUCUGGAAGCCAUCAACAUUCUGCUUUCAGAUGAGGAGAGCCCAUUUAUAUCCAUUCUGGCGGUAAACCCACAGGUUCUUGUCGAGAAAGUGAACUUUGCAGACGGCUGCUUCAGCAAAGAGGACAGAGCGUAUGCACUGUUGAACCGCAUAGUCACUCUGGCCUUCACGGUCCCACCACUGGGCGAUGAUUCGAGGCGCAAUUUAUUUUACAGCCUCACCAGCACUUCUCCCUCAAGGGAAGGUAAACACAAAAGGAAUACAUCUUUCUUGAGUGUCCCUUUGGUGGAAGUUGCGUCGGAAACAAAGGAUUCAAGUCCCCUGAUCGUUAAAAAUACAGCAAUACUGGAUGUACAGGAGGAGGAAGUAGAGAAUUUGGUGUGGAACAUCCUGACCAGCAAUGAAAGGAACUUUAACAGGUACAUGUCAGAUGACGUCAUGUCUAUGAGGAGGGUGAUCAACUCUAUUCAAGUAACGGUAAUAAUCAUGAAGGCCUUGAAGAAAGAGCUUCCUCGACCAGAAUACAUUGGAGCAUGGGUGGUCUUAGCCAAUCAGUGGCCCUGCCGGCUCAGCUGGAUCAUCCAGUGCGUAGAAGACGCUCAGCAGAGGGCAGAUAUUGAUCCUAACAAUGUCCUCAACAUUGACGACUCAAAGGCCUUAUGGGAAGUCUUCAGCGGGUCACGGGCAGAGCUGUAUGUGAUGAGCACACAGAUCGAGGAACUCCUAGAGCAGGAUGGAGAUCCUGAGAUGUUUGAAAAAUUCCUCAAAGUGGAUUUCCAAUUCACCGUGAGAGACUUGAAGACAUUUGAAGCAGCGACAGUGAACCUGGAUCAUUCGAUUAGGAUGGAGCUGGCUCAGAUCAGAGGGACAUCCAGGCUGAAAGAUUCUGGCUGGAUGAGGAACCUCGCUCCUCUGCCAAUCGCAACUAUCAUCAAAAUGAGGACAGAGGAUGUGUGUAACGAGUUGAAAAGGAUGGAAUAUCCCAGCAAGUACAUCGAUAUUGUGGAAAGCAAUGACCUCAACGGUUCAGCACUGGUUUUCGGUGACACAGAUGACCUCAAAAAACUCCUGGAUAUGACCUUUGGUGAAUGGGCAACUUUCAGACUGCACUUCUUGGGUGUACCGUCACAUCGUCGACCGCGAUACACAAACACGCCGCCAACGCCGUAUCAUUCUAAGAGCCAACUUUCAAAAUACCUCUCACAUGUUCCCCAUCAUUACUCGUCGAAUCUGAGUGUGGCUAACAACCCCAUGUAGGAAUCCAGUCCAUCCCCAAUGAGUCUGAGAUUCCUAAAAAUAUGAUCUGCAUGAACCACAUUUAUUAAUAUUUAUGGCAACAACACAUAACGUGUCCAUACAAUCCACACACGUCAGUCCGUGUUGAUCUAACUAAUGCUGUAGUUAAAUAAGGAGGUAAUUAUCACUCCUGUACCUGUAUGAUACAUGAAGCUGAGAGCCAGCAGGUAAUUAGCAUAGAAGCACUGGGAGCGAAGGAAAUUAUCCAGCCAGAUUCUAUUCAGGUUUAAAAAUACACCCAUCAACACCUCAAAAGCGGACUGCACUCAUCGCUGCUCACCAAGAAAUAAUAUUCUAAUGAAAUCACAUUUAACAGUUCUGCUUACGUAUGAACUGAACAAGCGACAUGCAUUGUGUUAAUGACUCAUUAGAGGUGAAGUGUUUUACAGCAGUCAGUCUUGCUGUUUGCAGGCGUGGGUUUGGUGUACAUCGAACUUCUCGCGAGUGAGAAAUCAAAUUCAUUUCUCACCCUUUAUGUACUUAUUAGCUUAUCUGACUGCUUGAUGAACAGUUGUGUCAUUAAAUCACAUGUAAAUGACGUCAGAGUGAAAAACAAGGGUCAUUCUUCAUCUCAAAUCAUGAAAUUUUUCAAUUUUUGCUCAGCCAUCUCUGAUCUCCCUGAGGUUUUUAUACCAUAAAUGUGAAUAUUUCUAAGGAAAUUUGUGAAAUUCUAGCUUGAUAUGUCAAAUACUUCUGCCCGUUGACCCACUUUCAAUGUGUCUUUUUCACACAUGGAAAGUUGAGGCUAUGUUUGAACAGCAUCUCAGGAACUAAUAAAGGUAAAAAGUCAGAAAAUGAAGAAUGUGUCUUUAAAAAAAAGUUGAUAUUUGAUACUCAAGAACUCUGCUCUGCAAUAUUUUUGUGGUGUAACUUCUCACACCUGCUCAAGCAGUUAUGAAAGGUCAAUGAACAUAUGAUUUGUUUUGCGUUUUUGUGUCACGCCUUCAACAUAGGACUGUUAGUGACAGCUUCAUUUUUUACAUAUUCCAACUCACCCAUGAUCAAAGACUACUUAAUCUAAGUGGCUAAUGCUGCAGAUUCUGAAUCAGUGGCAUGAUGAGAAACAACAGUGAAAAUGUCAGGCUUUUAUGUUCAAAAGUUCCUGAAAUAUUGUCACUCAAACACAACCUGAAAUGUGUUGUUAAACCUGCUCAAAGGCGGUCAACAGGCAGUUUACUCAAAAAUGUAUCUCGAAAAAUGCUUGCUACGGUAUAUAAAGCUAGAAUUUCACAGAUAUAAUUUUAAAGAUCCAGCAGAGAUGGUCGAGCAGAAGACCCCUGUGAGAUGGAAUGAACCAUUACUGGUUACUGCACCACUGUGCUUCACAUUUCAAUCAGCCACUGUCUCACUGUGACUCUAAACUGCUGCUCAGAUGUUUACAUGUUUCUCAUUUCAUUCCUCCUCCACUCCAGCAUGUUCCACUUGUCCUCUAUGGUCUCUUUGAAGGAUUUUACCUCUUCUCUCCCUGCCCUGAGCCACUCACAAAACAACAAACUGCAUUUUAUUUAGUCCCAAGCUUUAUUUGUAAUGAGCAGUCUGACUAAACUGGAUAGUUUUGGCUCAUAAAAGUCCUCUCAGAGCUUACAUUUUCUGUUUCAAUCAGCUAAUAAACAAAUCAGACUAAAGGACACGAAGUCAUAGCUGAUGGAAGCCGACCAUGAAGCUACAUAGCCGGUGCUGACUUUGGGCCGCCGAAUGCUCUGGUCCCAGCAUUUGUGAAUCCAACUGGUUUACAGCGAAUCUCAAGACACUUUAAGAAAUGUCUGGGUUAACGUUCAUGAAGGAGUUCAUUCAAGUGUGGAUCAAUCAAACAGGCUUUGUUCUGCCACAGGAGCAUGGAAUAAAUCAUGCAUCCUUUCAUGCUUCAUAUUAUAAUUAGGAAGGCAUUAGUUGAGUAAUAAUUUAGUGCAUCAGUCUUUUAAACAUGAACUCUUCUUGUUGAAUGCUUGCUAACAUUACUUAGAAAUUAACACACAGUAUCCUGUAGCUGCAUUAAAUUACUAUCACACGCAUAAUGUCAACUUAAGAGGUACUAUCUCAACACUUGAAGCUGGAGUGUUACAUAUCGCUAGCUUAUAGUCUGACAUGUAGCAGCAAGAAAAACGCUGACAGCUAAAUUCCAUUUAGCUACAUCAGGGAGAAAACAUGUAGAGCAACUAUUGUUACCAACGGUUUUAAAACGGUCUAGAACACAUAUAAAUACAUGCACAUAUUAUAUACAGCCUCUACUUUGUCAAUAGACGCCUCUAACACCACUUUGUAAUGUGACUGUAGGAUUUAAACUACAUUUUGUAGGCUUGGUCAUCUGCUCUGAUGUAUUUUGCAUGUACUGGAACUUCUAUUGACUUUAUAAUAACCUAUCAUAUGUGAAUGCUGCAAAUGAGACGUGGGAUGCUACAAGUUUCUGAGAACUCAAAGUAAUUUAUUAACUAGAAUGUGGAAAUUACUGAUAUGAUUGUACUGCAUCUUUUUAGAAUAUG